AUGCCAUCUGCAACAGGAAACAAGCGCGUCAGGGGCGUCUCGGUGUUCCGGCCAUUUGUCUUUGGCAGUAUAGCGCACCCCUUCGAUCCUGAGAACAAGCCCCCGAACUGUCCUCCAGACCACACCCACAGGUGGGAGAUAUUCGUCAAGGGAAUCAACGGCGAGGACAUCUCCUACUGGCUAAAGAAAGUCCAAUUCAAGCUCCAUGAGACAUACGCUCACAAUGUGCGCUCGAUCGAGCAGCCGCCCUUCGAAGUUUCGGAAACUGGCUGGGGUGAAUUUGAAAUCCAGAUCAAGCUCUACUUUGUGCCCGAAUCAAAUGAGAAGCCCCAGACCCUGUGGCAUAGUCUGAAGCUACAUCCUUACGGCCCAGAUGCGGAGGGGAUGAAAGAACGUCGGGAAACUGUGAUCAGCCAGAACUACGAAGAGAUCAUUUUCAAUGAGCCUGUUGAGCCGUUCUACGAGAUCCUCACCGGAGGCUUUGCUGGUGGUCAGCCUGGCAAGAGCAAGGGAAAGAAUACCAAGCAGAUUGGACAGGGCAGGACAGCAGAUAUUCCAAUGAGUGAUGCUCCCGGCAAUCCAUACAGUCGGAUGACCGAGAGGAAAGAGCUUGAUCGCAUGGCCGAGGCCACUCAGACAGUUGAGCAGAUGAUCAGGGAAGAGAAGGAGCGCCUGAUCGAGAGGGAGAAGUAUCUGGCCGAGCUGCGAGAGAGUGAGGGUGUGCCCACCAACACGAAGAAGCGGUGA